UAGGGGAGGAAUUGGAGAGCCCCAGGAGCAUCCUCUGCUGCAGACCCAUCCCCGCAGCCAGACCCUGCCCACAUGGCUGGAUUCACAGCAGGAUCUUGCCAGGGUUUUUUGGGCAGAAGCUGGGGAAGAGACCUGUCCUGCUCACCCUGGGGAGCAGGCCGGGAUGGCAGGCUGCCCACCACCUGCCUCUGCCCCUGCCCCGUGCUAAUGAGCGAGUUACACAACAAGGAGCUUUUAUACUUUGUUAAUCGGUCCGGCAUCCAGCCCGCCUCUCCACGCACGCUCCGGCUGGCGGUGGAGCCCCAGCUCCCUCCUUCCCUCUCCUCAGUUGCCUUUUGUAAUGUUUUAAUGGGGUUUCUUUCCUGGGCUGGGCUGACUUAAUUGCAAAGCUGCAGUGAGUUGAUGCCUUGUGACGGUCUAAUCCCAACCCGGUGACUCUACAAAGCUUUCGCCCGGUUUCCUUGCUGCUCCACUCCGGCCUCGCCAUCCCUGCUCCCCUCUCAGCUCCGUGCACUGACCUGCCGAGGACAGUUCAGCUUUUCCUCUUCCUGUGUCCUGCUGCCAACAGAAGACAGAGGACAACAUGUCUGCAGUUACGGGCACGUUCCGGAUCGUGUCGGAGGAGGAGCAGGCGCUGCGCUCCAAGCUGGAGCGCCUCACCACCAAGGACCACGGCCCCGUCUUUGGGAGGUGCGAGAAGAUCCCCCCACACACCCUGCAGAAGGCCAAGGAUGAGCUGAACGAGACGGAGGAGAAGCGGGAGGUGGCGGUGAAGGCGCUGCGGGAGCUGGUGCAGGAGCGGGCGGGCAGCGAGGACGUUUGCCAGAAGGUGGCCGAGAAGGUGCAGGAGAGGGACGACUCCUUCUUGCUCCGCUUCAUCCGUGCUCGCAAAUUCGACGUCCACAGAGCCUAUGACCUGCUGAAAGGCUACGUGAACUUCCGCCAGCAGUACCCCGAGCUGUUCGACAACCUGAGCCCCGAGGCCGUGCGCAGCACCAUCGAGGCCGGCUACCCCGGCAUCCUGGCCAGCAGGGACAAGUACGGCCGGGUGGUGAUGCUCUUCAACAUCGAGAACUGGGAUUACGAGGAGAUCACCUUCGAUGAGAUCCUUCGUGCCUAUUGUAUUAUCUUGGAGAAGCUGCUGGAGAACGAAGAGACCCAGAUCAAUGGGUUCUGCAUCAUUGAGAACUUCAAGGGCUUCACCAUGCAGCAGGCAUCAGGGAUCAAACCCUCCGAGCUCAAGAAGAUGGUGGACAUGCUGCAGGACUCCUUCCCAGCGCGGUUUAAGGCCGUCCACUUCAUCCACCAGCCUUGGUACUUCACCACCACCUACAACGUGGUCAAACCGUUCCUGAAGAGCAAACUGCUGGAGAGGGUCUUUGUGCAUGGCGAGGAGCUGGAAUCCUUCUACCAGGAGAUCGACGCUGACAUCUUGCCAGCAGACUUUGGUGGCAACCUGCCCAAGUACGAUGGCAAAGCAACUGCAGAGAAGCUCUUUGGGCCUCGCAUCGAAUCUGAGGACACGGCUCUCUAAAGCAGGAGCCUGCUGCCCUCCCCUGCACCGCAGCGCCAGAGGUGGCCCUCUAACCCCAGAGGUGGCCCUCUAACCCCAGAGGUGGCCCUCUAACCCCAGCCACCUCCCUCCUGUAGCAUCGGUCGAGUGAGUGCUCGUGCUGAAGCACCCUGGGUGUGCUGCUCCAUGCCUGUCCCUCCUGUCCCCACUCCAGACAGAGGGCUGUCCCUCCCAGGCACAGAUCCUUCCCUCCAGAGCUGCUGGAGAAAGGAGGUCACCAGCCCUCUCCCACAGCGUUUCCUGGAGCUGCAAGGGGAGGACGGGAGAGCGUCUGCUCUGGGAAGGGAGUGCUACAGUGAGGGAGAAAUAAAGCGUUUAACAG